AUGCCACCAAGAUGCCAAAAUCGAAGGAAUGCUCAAGAGAUCGAGAUGGACGAGUUACGCCGACAAAUUCAAGAACUACAAGAAAUUGUGAAGGAACAACAAGCUCUACUCAAUCGUCGAAGGAACUCCAAUUCAGAAAAUGAUUCUGAAGAAAGUAACUCUUCGUCUAACACCAGUCACCCACGAAGAAAGAGCACUCGAGGCUACUUCGACAACAUCAAGAUAGACAUUCCUAAAUUUGAGGGGAGACUACAACCAUAUGAAUUUGUGGAUUGGUUACAGACAGUGGAGCUUGUGUUCGAAUUAAAAGAUAUUCCGGAGGAACAAAAAGUCAAGAUCGUUGUUGUUAAACUGAAGAAGCAUGCAUCCAUUUGGUGGGAAAAUAUAAAGAAGAAACGUGAACGGGAAGGCCGAAACAAGAUAAAGACAUGGGAGAAAAUGAAAAAAGAACUCACACGUAAGUUUCUUCCUGACCACUACUAUCAAGAUAAUUUUAUUAAGCUCCAUAAUUUACACCAAGAUUCUAAGAUAGUAGAGGAGUAUACUAGAGAAUUUGAAUUGUUGCUGAUGAAAUGCGAUAUACAAAAGAAGGAAGAACAAACAAUUGCUAGAUUUCUUGGAGGGCUAAAUCCUAAAAUUUCCCAACUUGUCCAACUACAACAGUAUUGGACCCUAGAUGAUGUCAUCAAGUUAGCCAUUCGAGUCGAAAAGCAACUCCCUAAAAGAUCAAUUUUCCAACCAUCAUCCUCACGAAGCCCUUUUACCCCUUGCAAAGCUCAACCAUCGCAACGUACAGCUCCAAACAAAACCCUUUCCAACCCUAUUAAAGACACUAGCCCCAAACAACCAACCCAAUCCAAAUCGCCCAAAUGCUUCAAAUGUCAGGGUUAUGGGCACAUUGCUUUCGACUGUCCCAAUCGAAGAGUUGUCACUAUCAUUGAAGGAGAGGCCUACGAAGCAUCUAAAGAAGAACCUGAAUUCUACCAAAAUGAUUUCAACAGUCUUCCAGUGUUUGAUGAAGAGUUGACCCCAGCAGAUCAUGGAGAAGCCUUAGUGGUUAGACGCAGUCUUCACAUAGCAGCCGUUAGAGAAGAACCAUGGAUGAGACACAAUAUAUUCCACACUCGAUGCACCACUCAAGGUAAAAUUUGUGAUGUCAUCAUCGAUAGUGGAAGUUGUGAAAACAUUGUGUCUAGCUACAUGGUGGAGAAAUUGAAGCUUCCUACUGAGGAUCAUCCAUAUCCCUACAAGCUACAAUGGCUGAAUAAGAGUAGUGAAGUCAAGGUUAGUCAACGUUGCCUAGUUGCUUUCUUAAUUGAAAAAAAAUAUCAAGAUGAAGUUUGGUGUGACGUCCUUCCCAUGGAUGCCUGUUACCUCUUAUUGGGACAUCCAUGGCAAUACGAUCAGAAGAUUGUAUAUGAUGGGUUUAAGAAUAUCUACUCAUUUGUCAAAGAUGGAGUGAGAAUCAAGUUGACUCCAUUGGGUCCAGAAGAAGUCAACCUAACCUCACGCAAAGCCAAACCACUCCAUGCCAUCAACUUCAUCCCAGGAGCUGUUAUCCCAAAUAAACCUGCUUAUAGGAUGAGCCCACAUGAACAUGCUGAAGUACAACGUCAAGUGGAGGAUCUUCUAAUUGUAAAUAUUGGAGAGUGUCAGUCCAUGUGCAGUCCCUAUCAUAUUGGUGCCCAAGAAAGAUGGAAGUUGGAGAAUAUUAGACUACGUCCUGGUGAUGAGUGGAAGACCGCUUUCAAGACAAGAGAUGGGCUAUAUGAGUGGACUGUCAUGCCAUUUGGCUUAUCCAAUGCACCCAGCACCUUCAUGCGCUUGAUGAAUCAGGUGUUUGAAGUAAGCUGUGAUGCUUCUAAUAACGGCAUUGGUGUUGUUCUCAGUCAAGAAGGAAAGCCUAUAGCUUUCUUUAGAGAGAAGCUAAAUGAUGCUAAACUCAAAUACUCCACCUAUGACAAGGAGUUCUACACUGUUGUGAGAGCACUGCAACAUUGGGGUCAAUAUCUGCUUCCUAAAGAAUUCAUCCUUUAUACAGAUCAUGAAGCCUUGAAACACUUGAAUUCUCAACAAAAAAUCAGUCGUAGACAUGCAUCUUGGAGUGAGUUCCUUCAAGCCUAUCCGUUUCUGCUUAAACACAAGUCGGGGGUUCAAAACAGUGUAGCAGAUGCGCUAAGUCGACGACGUGCAUUACUAUCUACAAUGCAGAUGAAGGUAGUAGGUUUUGAAAUUAUUAAGGAAUUGUAUCAAGAUGAUCUAGAUUUUCAGAACUUUGGAGCUCUACAGAAAAUCAACCUUUCCAACAUUACCAUCAACAACAAGGAUUCCUAUUCAAAAACAAUGUCUUGUGUAUUCCCCAAUGCUUCUUAA